AUGAGUAACAUGCAACAUGGCGAAACGCCAAUCUCAUCUGAACAGUCGAUUCCCUCGAAACACGAAUCUGAGGCAAGGGAACACCAAUCUCAAAUACCGACACGCUUUGCCAUUGCGGAGCUUGUUUGUCACGAUGGCACCUCUCCAACAGGACUGAGAGAAGAGAUUGUUUUGUGCGCCUGGCUCAUAUGCCUUUUGCGAACUAGCGAAGAUGGCAAAGCGAGCUUCGAAUGGGCAUAUGAGUCUCAAAUUGAAACGUCUAAACUGGAGAGCGACGUGAUGACAUUGUCUUCAGACAAGGUUCUUCCAGUACUGAAGAAUGAAAUGGAUUCUGCAUUGGAAGAGAUCUCACGACACGUCUCAAGGGUCAAAGACAUGCGUCGCAGCACGGAAAUAGGUUGCUCUUCGCUUGUAUUCGGCAACAGAAUUCUUUCCACAUGCGAAGACAGCCGCGUUGUGGCUGAUAAUCAAAUAAGAGUCUUUUGCAAAGAUGGACAUGUCAAUGUCUGCCCCCGGUGGGCUUCUGAGAGAGUUCAACCUUCCGCCAUUACUCAACAAAUCGAUGCGUUGGUGUGUACGAUUGAACUCUGCUUGAAAAGCCCUAAACCUACACUGGAGACUCUACUUGGCCCGACAGACCAUGACUUGGAAAUGAUCUGGAGGUGGAACCAUGACCUACCUCCCACCUAUGACUUUUGUAUGCAUGACGUGAUAUCUGAGCGCUCCAGGGAGUUCCCCAGCAAAGAGGCCAUUGCAUCCUGGGACGGCCACUUGACAUACAGCGAGGUCGAGAACUUCUCGAGUCAUUUGGCUGGCCAACUUCACGCAGCGGGCGUGGCUCUUCAUGAUUUCAUACCCGUGUGCUUUGAAAAGUCAAGAUGGACAGUCGUCGCGGUCCUUGCCGUGAUGAAAGCCGGCGGAACUCUUGUUCUCAUGGACCCAACGUUGCCUCUUGCGCGGCUACAAAACAUGGCGCGUCAAGUCAAUGCGAAGAGGAUGAUCUCCUCGCGCGCUCAAGAAGAGAUCGCUUCGCUCAUUCUGCCCGAAGGGUCAAGGUUUAUCGUCGACGUGGAUACAUUUGCCCACAUCUCGGAGUCCGAGGUCGUGCCCAAAAUCCCGCCUGUACCAACUCUCGCUCUAAUGUACGUGAUAUUCACGUCGGGAAGCACUGGUACACCCAAAGGUGUUAAAAUCUCGCAUCAGACGUACACUAGCAGCGCCAUUCCUCGAGCGGCAGCGGUCGGGUACACGCAGACUUCAAGGGUUCUCGACUUUGCAUCAUAUGCGUUUGACGUAAGCAUUGACAGUAUGCUGCUGACUUUGGCAAAUGGUGGUUGUCUUUGUAUUCCUUCAGAUGAAGACCGGCUGAACGACAUCAAUCACGUGAUCCGUAAAAUGAGGAUUAACUAUGCUGGCAUUACCCCUUCCAUGGCUCGAAUCUUGGACGCCGACGUGAUCAAGUCGCUUGACAUCCUGGGACUGGGAGGCGAAGCAGCGUCAGCGACAGAUGUGAAUUCCUGGGGUAAAGAUACCAGGAUUGUCAUUGGAUACGGUCCUUGCGAAUGCACCAUUGGGUGUACAAUAAAUAGCAGUGCUGCGACUGGCAAAGAUUACAUUUCCAUCGGCCAGGGAAAUGGGGCAGCUAUUUGGAUUGUCGAUCCAAACAACCACGAAGCACUGCUGCCCGUCGGCGCGGUUGGCGAGCUACUUGUCGAAGGCCCCAUUGUUGGUCAAGGCUACCUGGAUGACCCUGAGAAGACCGCAGCGGCCUUCAUCCAUGACCCAUCAUGGCUCGUUGCGGGCCACAAACAACAUGCGGGGAGGAAGGGUCGUCUUUAUAAGACCGGUGAUUUAGGAAUGUUCGACCCGGACGGCUAUGGUGGAAUUGUGUUUGUUGGUCGGAAGGACACUCAAGUCAAGCUUCGUGGACAACGAGUGGAGCUUGGAGAGAUUGAAAGUCAGCUCAACAAAAAAUUGCCGCCGGAGGCGACAGUUGUCGCUGAAGUGAUCGCGCCGAAAGGAGCUGGUAACCAGUCUACACUGGUGGCAUUCGUUUCUUUCUGCUCGGCCAAAGGACAAGAGCACACGGACAUUAGUUCGGUUAAACUAACCCCAGAACAAAGUGAGGCGCUCUCCAGUGCCAAUACGGAAAUCACGAGAAUUCUCCCUCGGUACAUGAUUCCAAACGCUUAUGUGCCAGUCAAUUAUGUGCCAACCUUGAUUUCUGGAAAAACCGAUCGCAAAAGACUUCGCCUGUUUGGCAUGAGUGUCGACCUGCGAGAAACGGGCCAGGAACCAGGGAGAACAGCCUCAAGGGAACUGUCUGGAUUGGAGAAGAGUCUCAAGCAAGCAUGGUCCCAGGUAUUGAAGGUCGAUGCUGAAGCGAUAUUGAGCGAUGACAAUUUCUUUGCCUUGGGUGGUGACUCGCUGGCUGCCAUGCGUCUGGUCUCCAUCUGCCGGGGCCACGGCGUCGAUCUUUCAGUGACAAAAAUAUUCGAUCAUCCAAUUCUCGCAGCCAUGGCAGAAAACGCGAGUUUACUUCAAGAAAAUUUGAAAAUUGAGGUCGAUGCAUUCUCCAUGAUCGCUCAGCCUGUGGAAAGUGCGUGCAUGGCGGCAGCACAUGCUUGCGAUGUCCCUCGAAAUGCAAUCGAAGACAUCUACCCGUCCACACCAACGCAAGAAUCUUUGUUUACGUUCUCAUUGAAGUCUACCGAGGCCUACGUCGCCCAAAGAGUUGCGUGUAUACCGGUGCAUAUUGAGAUCGACGAAUGGAAAAAGGCAUGGGAGGCUGUGGUUGCGGCAAGCCCAAUCUUGCGCAGCCGCUUGGUCCAGCUUCAAGAUCCAGGACUUCAACAAGUUGUUCUAAAAGAGAAUAUUCAGUGGAGCCACCAUGAAGAUUUGGAAAGCUAUCUUGAGGACGACCGAAUGCAGAAAAUGCACCUAGGCCAAAGCCUUGCUCGAUACGCCAUAGUAGACGACCUGAGGCACAGCAAGCGUUUUAUGGUUUGGACGGUGCAUCACGUUCUAUACGACGGAUGGUCGGAGCCCCUCAUUCUUGAGAAAGUCCGGAGUGCCCUGGGAGGCUCUGAAGUCAAAACCGAUGGGGAGAUGAAGAACUUUGUCAAAUUUGUGCAUGAGACAAAUGAGUCAGACAUGCGGGAGUUCUGGAGACAGGAGCUGAACGCCGCAGUUGGACCGCAAUUCCCACGUCUCCCAUAUCGUGAUUAUCUACCAAAACCAAAAUGUACGAUUGAAAGAAGCAUAUCCUUCAAUCUUGACAGCCGGUCACCUUUCACACUGGCCACUUUCAUCCGGGCAGCUUGGGCGCUCGUUGCGUCGCAGUACAUGAGAAGCGACGACGUGGUAUUCGGGGAGACGCUCACAGGCAGAGAUGUUCCUCUUCCUGGAGUGGAGAGUAUCAUAGGCCCACUCAUUGCGACCGUGCCUAUUCGCAUUCGUGUUGCCCGAAACAGCACGGUCGAGGCAUAUCUCCAAGCAGUACAGAAAAGUGUCCUCGCGCGAGCCCCUUUUCAGCACAUGGGGAUGCAAAACAUUCGUAAGGUCAGUGAAGAUGCUCAACAUGCAUGCGAGGCUGGCACAGGUUUAGUUAUACAGCCAGAGCCAGACUAUGAGGGAGAUGAUCUUGGAUUUAGCCAGGGUGAUGUGGUUCACGAAGCCCUGCAUUUCAAUCCUUACCCUCUGAUGCUGGCUUGUGGAAUUCGAAAAGGGGGCUUCAGAGUGUGUGCAAAUUUCGACUGCGAGCUGGUCGCAGUGAGGCAAAUGGAAAGAACUCUCGCUCAACUCGAAGCCACAUGCUGCGAGCUAGCAAAAGACCUCUCUCGGACGAUUGGCCAAAUAUCUUGUGUCCAUGAGGAUGAGAUGAAUGAAAUUUGGAGACGCAAUCAGCUCGCUCCUCUGUCAUUGGAUCGAUCAGCGCGCAAGCUUCGAGCCGAGAUCUCCACCAAGCCAGGAUCAUCCUAUCCUCCUUCCCUGGUUCAAUGGAUUUGCAAUCUGCGCAAUCCCUCUCUUCUCGCACCCAUCGGCUGUCCUGGUGAGUUGUGGCUGGAAGGCGACUGUCUCUCGGGCGAAAUUUUGGAGUCACCCACUUGGCUUCAAGCAGGGAGCUCGCAAUUUGUGGGUCGGCAGGGCAAGACACAAGCAACUGGUGACAUUGUGCAGCAACAGGAGGACGGUACCAUUGUGUUCCUGGGACGCAAAGAUGAUGUUCUUGUUGUAAAUGGUCAAGUGGUAGAUCUUGCGGAUCUUGAGACUCAUCUUUCCAGGUGUCUUCCUUCGUUUGCUCGCGCGGUCGUUGGUGUAAUCGAAAAGCCGAAUCCCACGUUGGACGAAAAACCACAUUUGAGCCUUGUCGUCUUCGUUACAGAGCAGCGUGCUGAGCGGGGCCUUGUCUCCUUGCUCCCUGAAUGCUAUGAGAUAACCAAGAAGUCGGAAUCGCCGGCUUCGAUGAUAAGUGUCUGUGCCUCGGCAUCCACUGAGCUUGUUUUGGCAAUGAAACGGCUCGAAAAAAUGUUCAGGGAUUCUUUACCAGCGCACAUGGUGCCUUCUUCAUACAUUGUGCUCGACACGCUGCCCCCCAAGCAACACGACAUCAAUCAGAUCGCAGCGAUGAUCCCUGAUCAAAUCAUUGAGAGAUUCCAACAAGGACUGCAAGAAGUGUGGAAUAAGUCUCUCUCUAUGGCGUGUUUGAGCGACUCCGAGCAAAUCUUGCGAUUGGAAUGGGCGAAUGUGCUCGGAAUGAACGAGCAUCAAAUUGAAAUGGACGAUAAUUUCUUCCGGCUGGGCGGGGACUCCGUUCUUGCCAUGAAACUAGUCUCCAGUCUGCGGAACCAGGGCCACACAUUGACGAUAGCAGAUAUCUUCCAGUAUAUGCGGCUGAACGAUGCUGCAAAAAGGUUGAAACUGGGAAAUUUGAAAAAAGCCAAGACUCAGCCAUACAGGCACUUCAGCCUGGUCGACCCGGUUGUUGCGGAUCACAUUUUGUCUGAUAUUCGUCAAAGCAAAUUGGUUAUUUCUCCUGACUUGGUUCAAGAUGUCUAUCCCGUCACGGAUUCUCAGGCGCUGGACAUACGAGGGACCAUCGAGACGCCACGCACGUCUGUUCAGUACAACAUGUUGUAUUUCAACAAUGCGAUCGACUGCGAUCGACUGCAUCGGGCUUGUCAGGAGCUGGUCAUGGUGCAUGACAUUUUACGGACGGUGUUUGUUGAAAAAGACGGGAGAUUCUUCCAGGUUGUUUUGAGUGAAGCAGAUGCUUCUGUGAUAACGCACCAGACUGAUGGUGAACUUGCAUCUUUCGUGAAUGACUUGUGCGAAAAAGACAUCAGGCUGCAAUAUCCACUAGGCUCUAUGUUCUUCAAGUUCAUUCAUGCGGUUGAUGGUCAUGGUAAGGGAUGCUUGAUCUUCGGCCUCUCCCACGCGCUCUAUGACGGAGUGUCCCUGCCAAGGUUGCUCCAAGACUUGGAAGCAUUGUAUUGUGGGAGAUCAAUUUCAAAGUAUGAGCCGUUCUCUUCAUACAUGACCUACAAAGCCGAUUCUCGCCACCAAGCGAAGUCUCUGGGAUAUUGGAGUACUUUGCUGGACGGCUCAUCUUUGUCAAUUUUGGAUGGAAUAUCGGGCCAGCUCGGCGAUAAGGGUGUUUUCAAGUCUAAGGUUGUUGAAUCCUUCCAACCAGUGAGAGACAUUACGCUCGCAAAUGUCCUUUCCGCAGCGUGGGCUCUGCUCUUGGCGCGUCGCUUGCGCAAACCGGACGUCAUCUUUGGUUCCGUCACCUCGGGUAGGAUGAUUGAUCUUGUCAACGUUGAGCACGUCGUCGGUCCAUGCUAUCAGCUCACACCAAUUCGAGUAAAGUUCCAACCGAAUUGGACGGCCGCGGAUUUGCUGCAUAGUGUCCAGAAGCAGAGUGCAGAGUCGGCAGCGCAUGAUUUCCUCGGCUUUGAGCAGAUCUCGAGGCAAUGCACAUCUUGGACCCCGGAUAUUAAGAACUUCGACUCCAUUGUUCACCAUCAAGAUUUCGAUGACUUUGACAGCAUGAAUUUUGCUGAGGGAUCAUGUCGAGUUGAGGUUUCUAACCCGCAUGGUGAUGCACCGCUGCCGUUCAAAACAGUCUCUUUCUUGCGAGGCGAAAAUGUGCACGUUGGAGCCGUUGGUUCUGAGACAGAUUCGGAAUUGGUGUCUGAGAUUCUUGAUGAUCUUGCUUCAAUCUUUGCUGAGAUUUCGAGAUGCCCGGAUGAUAUUCUGCUUGAUGCCGCGAUCUUUUGA